AUGAGCCUCGCCCACGACCAGAGGAGGUCAGCUCAGACUCGGGGGGAGGAGACGGGGGCGGCGCUGUCGGACUCUAACCGGGAGGGGUUACUGUGGCAACAGAGGGAGGAGGAGGAGCGGGACGAAGAGGAGAUGCAGGCGGUGGCCUCGUCUCCCGAUGGACGAUUCCUCAAGUUCAACAUCGAGAUCGGACAAGGAUCCUUCAAGACGGUUUACAAAGGUCUGGACACGGAGACCACGGUGGAGGUGGCCUGGUGUGAACUACAGACCCACCGUCUGAACAAGGCGGAGCGGCAGCGCUUCUGCGAGGAGGUGGAGAUGCUGAAAGCUCUGCAGCAUCCCAACAUCGUCCGAUUCUUCGACUCCUGGAAGUCGACACUGAAGGGCCACAAAUGCACCAUCCUGGUGACGGAGCUCAUGACAUCCGGGACCCUCAAAACGUACCUGCGCAGGUUCCGUCAGAUGAAGCUGAAGCUGCUGCAGCGCUGGAGUUUCCAGAUCCUGAAGGGGCUACAGUUCCUGCACUCGCGCUGCCCCCCCAUCCUGCACCGAGACCUCAAGUGUGACAACAUCUUCAUCACCGGGCCCACUGCCUCCGUCAAGAUUGGAGACCUGGGCCUCGCCACGCUCAAGAAGGCCUCAUUCGCCAAGAGCGUCAUUGGGACCCCGGAGUUUAUGGCUCCAGAGAUGUACGAGGAGAAGUACGAUGAGGCCGUGGAUGUCUAUGCCUUUGGUAUGUGCAUCCUGGAGAUGGCGACGUCCGAGUAUCCGUACUCAGAGUGUCAGAACGCCGCACAGAUCUACCGCAAAGUCACCAAUGGAAUCAAACCAGAGAGUUUUUUCAAAGUAAAAGUCCCUGAGCUGAAGGAGAUCAUCGAGGGCUGCAUCCGGACCAACAGCAGCGAGAGGUUCACGGUUCAGGACCUGCUGGACCACCGGUUCUUCCAGGAGCAGCUGGGCGUCCACGUGGAGCUGGCCGAGGAAGACGAUGGCUCGAAGGCGGCGCUGAAGCUCUGGCUCCGGAUGGACAGCAACAAGAAGCUCCACGGCAAAUACAAAGAUAACAACGCCAUCGAGUUCCUGUUCGAGCUGUACAAAGACGUCCCCGAGGAGGUGGCCCAGGAGAUGGUGGUGUUGGGUUUCUUGUGUGAGGCGGACUAUAAGCUCGUUGCCAAGGCGAUCAGACACCGGGUGACGGCCAUAAAGCGUCAGCGGGAGAAACAGCGCCGCCUGCUGGAGGGGGCUCAGAGGGACGCUGUCAUCGAGGAGGAGCCUGACCCCGCCCCUCCACCACCUGAACCGUCCAAUCAGAGACCUGCACCUGCCACAAGCACCUUUGCAGAAGGGAAGGUCGCCAGUCAGCAGGAAGCAGCUGCCGUUUCAGCCCCCGCCCCUCCCUGGAUACAAGCCCCGCCCACAGUAACAGCGACAUCAUCAGUGCUGUCGUCGAGCAGCAGCCCAGUGGAUUCUGGGAUCAGCAGCAUCUUCAGCAGGAUGGAGGGAGACAGAGAUGAGGACGACAAAACCGCCAAACACACCUCCUACUCCUCUGCUACCUCGGACUGUGAGAUGGACGUCUCCUUCAGCUCCUCAGGUGUCCCAGAGAAGGUUGAAGCCACACCCCCUCCCAUCACAAACCCCACCACCAUCCCAAUCCUGUCAGUCUCUGCCCCUGCUCCAGUGGCUCAGGAAACCCCUCGCCUUGAGGCUCCUCGUCCUGUGACCCGGGCUCCUUCCAAGGCUCCACCCCUUCCUGUGCUGCGUUUCCCCAAGAGCAUCGCUGUGUCCCAUAAUGCCAAGCGACCGCCGUCUGGAUCAGUCUGCGGCUUCUCCUCACCUGUUGACAGCUACGCCUCUGAUGUGACGUCAGGUCUGAGUGACGGCACCGACGGCCAAUCAGAUCGGGGAAACCAGGAAGCAACUAAAAAGGCAGCUACGAAGCAGUUCAGGAGGAGAGCGAGAGCUCGUCUGAGAAUCACUGGGGUGUCAGAUAUGGUGGACCGGGUGGUGGAGUGUCAGCUGCAGACUCAUGACAGUAAGAUGGUGACGUUUAAAUUCGACCUGGACGGAGACAAUCCAGAAGACAUCGCCUCUGUGAUGCUGCACAGAGACUUCAUCCUGCCGCCAGAGCGGGAAGGAUUCAUCCUCCGCAUGUAUGACAUCAUCAACAGGGCGGAGUCAAUGAUGCCUCAGCCGCCAGCGGGCACGGACAGGUCGUCUCACCUGACCUCGUCCACCCUGCCUGAGUCCACGCCUCACCUGUCCACCCCGGGCCUGUCCAGGACUCUGUCCUCAUCUUCACUACCUGACAUCGAUGCUGACCCCUCCCCCUUAAAGGGCGUAGACUUUCACAUCGACCCUGAGGCCACGCCCCCCGUCAGACCGCUGAGGUCACAGUCAUUUCACACCUCCUCAGCUUCCUCCCAUCAGCUCCACAACUACCCCCACCAAUACCCCCUCCCAGACUCCACCCUCUCCACCCCCCACCUCCCCCCUCCUCAGUACCACCUCCCAUCUCCUCCCUACUCCCCCUACUCCGCCCCAUUCCCCCCACAGAGCCCUGCCCCCGGCCUCCCACGGGUCCACAGUAACCCCUCCCUCCUCACCCCUCCAUCCACCUCCUCCUCAGCCCCUCCCCCUCCUCCUCACUGGCCCCCCCCUGACCAGCCUUUCUUCACCCUGACCAACAUGCUCUCUCUGGCCAUGAGCGUGGCCCAGUCCUUCAUGCCCCCACCCGGGACCCCAAACCAGGGCUUCCUCCCCCACACCCAGCCCCUGUCUCCCCCAUUCCCCUCCCUCCAGUCUCCUCUCUCUCCCCCCAUGUCUCCAUCACUGGGUCCUAAGCACCACCGCCCCCCGACACUCUCCUCCUUCUCCCCUCCCUUCACCCCACAGUCUCCCUAUGGCCCCCCCUUCCCUCAGACCGGCUCUGCCCAGGACGGCCAGCAGGGGGCACCGCCCAGCCGGACUCCAGACUCACCUCAGUCAUUGCAGCGCCACAGUCCCGUUCAGCUGAAGGUCGGCUCAGCUCCACCUCCUUAUGGUUCAGGUUCCAUCUCUGCUCCAGGUCCAACCACAGCUCCAGGUCCAACCACAGCUCCAGGUUCAACCACAGCUCCAGGUCCAACCACAGCUCCCAGUCCAACCACAGCUCCAGGUCCAACCACAGCUCCCAGUCUGACCACUGCUGCCAGUCUGACCACAGUUCCCAGUCCAACCACAGCUCCCAGUCUGACCACAGUUCCCAGUCCAACCACAGCUCCCAGUCUGACCACAGCUCCCAGUCCAACCACUGCUGCCAGUCUAACCACAGCUACCAGUCCAACCACAGCUCCAGGUCCAACCACAGCUCCCAGUCCAACCACAGCUGCCAGUCUGACCACAGCUCCAGGUCCAACCACAGCUCCCAGUCCAACUACAGCUCCAGGUCCAACCACUGCUGCCAGACUGUCUCCUGUUAAUGAGGUGAAGAAACCUUCAGUCCUCACCGUCGGCCGUUUCCAGGUGACGCCCUCUAAAGACUUCCCCGCUGUCCGUCAUCAGGAGCCCCGCCCACUCAGCCGGGCCACGCCCACCGCCCACUCCCCGCCUCCCUCCAGGUCAAACCAAUCAGAGAGCUCGGAGAGCAGCACGGAGGAGCAGAGCGAAUCAGGACAGAGCAGCAUUGUCACGGUGACGGUGUCCCCCCCGCCUGGUGGUUACCGUGACAACCACGAGGAGGAGGACAGGAGGAGGAGGGGGGGGCAGAGGCUCGGCGUCAGUCUGUGGGAGGGGUCAGCCAGCAGCCCUGGGGUGAGUGGCAGCAGCUUCAGCCAAUCGUGGAGCCGCUCUGUACCCUACGUCAGCUCCGACGAAUCAGAGAGCGAGAAGGAGGAGAUGUGGGAGGAGCUACAGGAGCUCCGUGAGAGACACCUGGCUGAGGUGCACAACCUGCAGGCCAAUCAGAAGAGAGAGAUCGAGGAGUUGUACCUGAGGAUGGGUAAAGUCCCACCCCCCGGCAUCGUCUCUCCAGCCGCCAUGUUGAACCAUCGCCAACGCCGCCUCUCCAAGACAGGAAACUACCCUCCUGUUCGUAAGAACAGCCUGCAGAGACUAGACGUGCUGCCUCCUACAGGCAUCAUGAGGAAGAGCUCGGUGAGCAGCAGCAGCAGUGGAUCUCAGGACAGAACAGCUAAAGGAGUGACCUUUGCCCCCGAACACACCUGCAAGGUAGAGAAACACCUUUCUCCUGCAGUGAGUGAGAGGAGCUGAAGACAUGAUAAAGAUGAACAGGAAGAGGAAACAUGAAAAUCUCCAUCUGAUCAAACUCAUUUUUAGAUUUAUUUUAAUUUCUCUGUUUUCUUCAGCACUUUACAGUAGAAACACUGAGACUCAAUGAUUCUGUUUUAUUAAACUGACGAGAGUUAAAACACAGCUCAGGACUCUGACUCUGAUCAGUGAGUUUCUGCUGGAACAGAUGAUUUCACUGAUUUUAGAUCUGAUCUGAUUUUUCUGUUUGUAUGAAUCAAUUAUCUGAUGUAAAUAUUUCACAAACCUGCUGCUCAAUCUGUUUCUGUUUCCACUGAAGCAAUUUAAAGAUGAUUUAAAGAAUAAUUAUUGUGAUAUUUAAAGAGAGACUGACCUGAUGUUUGAAGCCUGCAGGCGUUCUGAUCAGGUGACGUCCAGCUGAGACAAACAUGAUUAUUAUUUCAGUUUGUAAAGUUUGCUGUUCACAGAUAUUAAACCUGAUAUAUUUUGGUUGUUUGCUGUC